AGAGUCUUUACAGUAGAGUACCCCACACUGCUUUUUGGAGGUGAAGAUUUUAGAGCUUUGUAUAUUCUAGGCUUUUUCUCCAAUACCCUUUUGUUAUGGUCAGAUCUUUUGAUGAGGGUCCAUUUCAAGCGGAAUUAUCCCAAAAGGGUAAAAUAUAUAUACUAGUUGUUGCUAGGAUGCUUCUUCAACAUAAAUAGUCAUAUUGAUGCAAUGUAGUGCAUUAUUGAUCAAGAUUUAACUUCAUCUUUUUAUUUCAUGUUCAAAAUUAUCUCUGAUUUAGUGCUCAUCAAGUUUCCCCUUCUACUCCAGUGUGAAAGCUAUUGGAUUGAAGAAGAGAAGUAGUUUGUAGAAUGGAAGAUAAUUUUGUGCCAUUUAGUGGAAUUAAAAAUGACCUCAAAGGGAGAUUAAUGUGCUUUAAACAAGAUUGGACUAGUGGUCUCACUGCGGGCUUCAGGAUUUUAGCUCCCACUACCUACAUAUUUUUUGCUUCAGCAAUUCCAGUCAUAUCAUUUGGUGAACAGUUGGAAAGAAGUACUGAUGGGUUAAUAACUGCAGUUCAAACUCUGGCUUCAACUGCAUUAUGUGGGAUUAUGCACUCUAUAAUUGGAGGCCAACCCCUGCUAAUUCUUGGAGUUGCAGAACCAACUGUGCUUAUGUAUACAUUCAUGUAUAACUUUGCGAAAGAUAGACCAGAACUUGGACCAAAACUCUUUUUAGCUUGGACCGCAUGGGUAUGUGUUUGGACUGCAAUCUUGCUUUUCCUUCUGGCUGUCCUAGGAGCUUGUUCCAUUAUCAACAGGUUUACACGUGUUGCAGGGGAACUCUUUGGCCUUCUAAUUGCAAUGCUUUUCACGCAGCAAGCAAUCAAAGGACUGAUAGAUGAAUUUCGUGUACCAGAGAGAGAAAAUCCAAAUCUGCCAGAGUUCCAACCUUCAUGGAGAUUUGGAAAUGGGAUGUUUGCAUUGGUUUUGUCAUUUGGUCUUCUACUCACAGCUCUAAGGAGCCGAAAGGCAAGAUCUUGGCGAUACGGCUCCGGCUGGCUACGGGGCUUCAUAGCAGAUUAUGGAGUCCCACUGAUGGUUCUAAUCUGGACAGCUGUGUCUUACAUUCCUGGUAAAAAUGUCCCAACUGGGAUUCCAAGACGACUCUUCAGUCCAAAUCCAUGGUCACCUGGUGCCUAUGAGAACUGGACAGUGAUAAAGGAUAUGCUAGACGUUCCAGUUCUUCACAUAAUUGGUGCUUUUAUUCCAGCAACAAUGGUGGCAGUCCUGUAUUAUUUUGAUCACAGUGUGGCAUCUCAACUUGCUCAGCAAAAGGAAUUUAACCUGAGAAAGCCAUCUUCCUACCAUUAUGAUCUGCUCUUAUUGGGAGUUAUGGUUAUCAUUUGUGGUCUUCUAGGAAUACCCCCGGCGAAUGGAGUCAUUCCACAAUCUCCAAUGCAUACAAAGAGUUUGGCCACACUGAAGCAUCAGUUGCUUCGUAACCGACUAGUUGCAAAAGCACGUAAAUGUAUGACUGAGAAUGGGAACUUGGCUGAAGUAUAUGGAGGUAUGCAAGAAGCCUAUCAACAGAUGCAGAGUCCACUGUUUCACCAAGAACAAUCAUCUUGGGGGUUAAAAGAAUUAAAAGAGUCUACCAUCCACUUGGCUUCAAGGAUAGGCAACAGGGAUGAUCCUAUUGAUGAGACAAUGUUUGAUGUUGAGAAGGAGAUAGAUGACUUGUUGCCCGUUGAAGUAAAAGAACAAAGGUUGAGCAACUUGCUUCAGUCUACCAUGGUGGGAGGAUGUGUGGCCGCCAUGCCUCUUCUCAAAAUGAUUCCGACAUCAGUCCUUUGGGGCUACUUUGGUUUCAUGGCGAUUGAAAGCUUACCAGGAAACCAGUUCUGGGAAAGGAUCCUAUUGCUAUUCACGGCUCCAAGCAGAAGAUACAAAGUAAUUGAAGAGUAUCACGCUGUGUUCAUUGAAACUGUACCUUACAAGACAGUAGCGUUCUUCACCAUUUUCCAGAGCAUCUACUUACUAAUCUGUUUUGGGAUCACAUGGGUUCCCAUUGCUGGCGUUCUCUUCCCAUUAAUGAUCAUGCUUUUAGUUCCUGUCAGACAGUACCUACUACCUAGGUUCUUCAAAGGAGCACAUCUUCAGGAAUUAGAUGCUGCUGAGUAUGAAGAAGCACCACCAUUAUCAUCAUGCAGCAUGACUAGAGAAAAUGAAGGUUCAUUUGCAGAUGAUGGGGAGAAUAUGGAUGGCAUGAUGACAAGAAGCCGAGGUGAGAUUCGACGUAUGUGCAGUUCAAAGGUUACAAGCUGCAAUGCCACACCAGCCAGAGAUUCUGUUAGCAUCCAAAGCCCAAGGUUUUCUAACAAGGUAUACAGUCCUCGCGUUAGUGAAAUAAAAGGGGAAAGCCCUUGUCUUGGUCGAGGAGGAUCCUUCGGUUCUAGAACUGGGGAAACAAGACGAUCAAAUCUGUCAAAAACUCACAGUUUCAACUAAAGUAGCGCCAAGGACUCCAAAAUAUCCACAUUCACAAACAACCAGAUAUGUUUUCAUUGAAUACAAUGUCGCAGUUAGCCACAGAUAGUUCAGGCCAUUAUUUUGGUACAAUUUUAUUUUAUCUGGUUUAUCAAAGGAUUGAAGCACUAUUAAUGUCAUCAAAUCCCAUUGAGGGGACAGGCACCCGUAGUCGUAAAGGCCCAAGAGCACCAACCUUUAACCUUGUACUUCUCUUGCAUGUAACUAUGAUAACCAAAGGUUCUGCAUAUAUGGAUAUAAUGCAUCGAUGAGAGUAAA